UGGCCGACAGACCAGCUCGUCACUCCGGUCCUGUCUCCUCCUCCAAGCAGCAGCUGCGCGGUGAGAGCAGAGCAGAGCGAGGAGCCGCCAGGCGCUGCUCUCCGUCACGGUUACAUCGUCUCUGUCUCUCUCCACCUCUUCAAACUAUGUUCUCUACAUCCUGCACGGCUCUAAACCAUUCAACCUCUAAACUCAAGGCUCUGGAUUGAUUCUCCCAUCUGCAGUUUGCCAUGGCAACGGUGGUGAUGGAGCAGAUCGGUCGGCUGUUUAUCAACGCGCAGCAGCUGCGUCAGAUCCCUCAGCUGCUGGAGUCGGCCUUCCCCACGCUGCCUUGCACUGUGAAGGUGUCCGACGUUCCCUGGGUGUUCCGCGAGCGCCACAUCCUCACCGGCUACCGGCAGCCGGACCAAAGCUGGCGCUACUACUUCCUCACCCUCUUCCAGAGGCACAACGAGAGCCUCAAUGUGUGGACCCACCUGCUGGCCGCCUUCAUCAUCUUGGUGAAGUGGCAGGAGAUCUCGGAGACGGUGGACUUUUUGCGAGACCCUCACGCUCAGCCCCUCUUCAUCCUCCUCCUGUCAGCCUUCACCUACCUCUCCUUCAGCGCUCUCGCUCACCUCCUCUCUGCCAAGUCCGAGCUCUCCUACUACAGCUUCUACUUCCUCGACUACGUGGGGGUCGCGGUCUACCAGUACGGCAGCGCCCUGGCGCACUACUACUAUGCCAUCGAGAAAGAUUGGCACACUAGAGUGCAAGGGGUCUUUUUACCCGCUGCGGCAUUCUUGGCCUGGCUCACUUGCUUCGGGUGCUGCUACGGUAAAUAUGCGAGCCACGAGCUGCCAAAGUUCGCCAUCAAGCUCUGCCAGGUGGUGCCCUCAGCCUUGGCUUACUGUUUAGACAUAAGCCCCGUGGUCCACCGCAUCUACAGCUGCUACCAGGAGGGCUGCUCCGACCCAGUCGUGGCGUACCACUUCUACCACGUGCUCUUUUUCCUAAUCAGCGCCUAUUUCUUCUGCUGCCCGCACCCAGAGAGCUUGUUCCCUGGGAAGUGUGACUUCAUCGGGCAGGGCCACCAGAUCUUCCACAUAUUCGUGGUGGUGUGCACCCUGAUGCAGGUCGAAGCGCUGAAAACAGACUUCAUGGAGCGCCGUCCCUUCUACGAGCGCCUCCACGGCGACCUCGCGCACGACGCCGUCGCGCUCUUCAUCUUCACUGCCUGCUGCAGUGCUCUUACCGCUUUUUACGUGCGCAAUCGUGUCCGUGCUUCUCUGCACGAGAAGCAGGAGUAAGAGUUGAGUAAAAAAAAAAAGAAAAAAAAAAAGAAAGUCUUAUUUAUUUUACUCUGUAUUGACCAUUCAUUGAAAUAAUUCAAAUGUUUUUUGUCAAUGAAAGUUAUCGGUUUGUGAUAGUGACUUUUCAUUAUUUCUUCUCUAUGUGAUCUGCCAAACAGUGAGCUAAAAAAAAAACGUGAUUAAGGGUGUGUUUUUGUGACUUACAAUGAAGAAAAGGGAAUCUUGUAAUUUGUCUGUAGCGAUACAGGUAGAACUUAAGCACUGCAAAGAGUCCCUGCAUCUCGACUCUGCUCUGUUUUUAAUCCGUUUUUAGUCAUCGUCUUAAAAAAUGUGGUUUUACUUCACCGUACAAAAAUACACUUUGUGUCAAGGUGAGCAGAAAAAUGAAGAGACUCGUUUCUUAAGAUGCCUUUUACCCAGUGGUAUUAAGAAUAAUCUGACUGUCUUAAUCAAAUUUUAGCAUUUCAAAUCAUGCAAGCAUUUGUUUUAUUUAUUAAUAUACAACACUUUGUAUAUUUCAGUCAGAUACCAAUUCCAAUCCAAAUUUAAAUUUCUGGUUUUGACACGUUAAUUAUGUCCCUCUCUUUAGGGAUCAAAGCAGGGAUUUUUUUUUUAUUUAUUUAUCAAGGCGCUAACAUUGUGCCACACUAAUAUUUUAACACAUUCUGGGAAAGUUGAGAACCCAAUUUGAAAACCAAAUAUCGUACCUCUUAUUAAAAAAAAAUAAAAAAAGAAGGCGAUCUUCUUUCUUCGGGUGAUAACAUUCUGUUGAAUUAUUAUGUUUAAAAUGAGGCUGGCACUCAGUAUUGGCUAAGAGAUGGAUGGAAAGAUUACUGAUGUCUCUUUGUUGUUGUGACAAUGUUAAUCUUUUUUUAUUCAAAGGGCUGGAAACUUCAGCUUUUGCCUUUUUCACAUCCCAUGAUGUCAAAGCUUUUGCGCUCAUUGUUUUCAUUGAUCAGAUUUGAGACACAAAAGCCGCGUCUGACUGGUGUUCUGCUUUUGGUAUGUUUUCGUUUUUGUAUGAUGAAUAUGUACGUGCCUCUAUGCAUGUCUUUUUUGGUAUAUACUGUGGAUAUUAAGUGUGUGAAUGUCUAUGAAAGCUUAGCCUUGCACUUCUUUCCUACCCUGUAAAUAAGCUGUAUUUCUCUAGAAAGUUGUUUGCAUCCCAUUUUCUCUCUCCACCUAACAGCACUCCGAGCUGAAUGCAUCGUUUCUCUGGUGGAAUACAGCACAUUCCUGUUCUGAUGCAUCCGUUCAGAGCGCCCGUUGUGUUCGGUGUCCUGCUGCCUAUCAGACUUUUAAACGGCUAUGAAUACAUAAUUUCAUACCGCUGCGCUGUUACACUGAAGAGUGUUUUUUUUCCUCUUAGUUUCAUGACUUUUGUUAUAUCACACAGAUAUGGCUCACUGAUAAUGUUGCUUAGAUUUUUACCUCACAAAAUCUUUAAAUGUCAGAAAUGAUCUAUAUUCAUUACAGCACUCUCUGUUCACGAUGGUGUUUAAUGUGCCAAUGAAUCUGUUAUUGCUUCAGUGAUGGUACUACUGAGAGAUGAAUUCAGAGACAGAAGUUGAUUCAAAUGAUGUCUUGACCUGACUGCGAACGUUACCGGUGAGAUUUAACCUCAACGCCCCUAAAUAUGAACCUUCCUCUAACUGUCGACUUUGGCGUUACCGACCUGGUCUCAUCAUGCACUGCCUGAAAUCAACACUGUAUAUACUGUAGCUGACAACACUGGCUAUGUUUACAUGCAUGGAGGUAUCUGCUGUUAAUGUGGUUAUUCUGGUUUUGUGUUGGCGUUUUGUUUUCAUUAAUUACCCGGAGAAACCUGUGCAAGGCACCUCCCCUUGUUGUGCAUGGUUAUAAAUCGGUUGGCAACAACAUUGAGGCUCAUGCACAGGGGCUAAUUUUGUACAUGUGGUCUAAUGCUUCAUCGAAAGGCUUCAUCACAGGCUGAUGAUUUCCAAUUUGGCAAAUGAAGCCUGUAAGUCUCUCACCAGGCCCGUCUGUGACAUGAAUUUAUUGUCCCGACCACCAAAAGAACCAAAAAUAUCAAUACUUUCUUUCCCAUGUGUUGGAGAUAACCUGGCUUUGUUCAAUCAGGAAGGGAGCAGCAAGUAUUUUUUUGCUAAAUAGAUUGUCGCAACGUGAUACUCUGCCACAGAUUAUCAAAGUUGCAUGCCAAUGAAACCUGCCUAAGAUUUGAACUGGAAUACGGCUAGCAGCACUCUUUACUGUAUAAGUGAAUAUGUGUGUAAACGUAGCCUCUGAUGCCACCCAAGGUUUCCAUUUAUGAAAGCAGGGUGAGAGGGACCAGAAUGUCUUCUGCCUCUAAAAAAAAAAAAAAAACUAUGUGUGACUGACUGUACUAAUAUUCUGUUGUAUUUAAGAAAAUAAAGUGUUACAGUAA